AACACAAAGACCUACGAAUCUCUCGCGUGUGCUCACGCGACCGACCCCAACGAGAACGCUUUUACAGUUAAGUCCGGUGAGUGGGUGAGAGAGACGAAGGGGGAAGCCCGUAUGGAGGGAGAGAUUGUGAGACGAUCGGGAUUAAGGGAGGUGCAAGAAUCGGUGGCAAUUGGCAGAGGAGAUGACGAUGGCGAUGGUGACGGCGAUGGUGAAGAAGAUGCGGCGGGGUUCGUUGAGGAAAGGACGAGUGGGAGAGGAGGGAAAGGGAAAGAUCGAGUAAAAGGGCCGUGGUCACCGGAGGAGGAUGUUGUGUUGAGUGAGCUCGUUGAGAAGUUUGGACCGAGGAAUUGGAGUUUGAUGGCUCGGAGUAUUCCUGGUCGUUCAGGCAAGUCUUGUCGUCUUCGUUGGUGUAAUCAGCUCGAUCCAUCUGUGAAGCGCAACUCCUUUACUGCGGUAGAAGACCAGGCUAUCAUCAGAGCACAUGCCAUCCAUGGAAACAAAUGGGCUGUAAUUGCGAAAAUCCUUCCUGGAAGAACAGAUAAUGCUAUCAAGAACCAUUGGAACUCCACUCUACGACGUCGAUUUAUGGAUGAAAAGGCAAAGAAUAUGGGAGCUGGAAGCUUAGUUGUCGAAGAGGAUCCUGGAUUUGACAGAACGGCAACAAUAGCUUCGCCAGAAGAAAUUUUAUCUUCAGGGGAUGGUGGUCAUGUAACUACUCCAAAUGUAUCUCCGGAAGUCAAAGAGGCUACCUCUAUGGAAAUGCCUCAAGAACAAUGCGUAGAGGAGACAAACGGAGAAGGCAUUUCUAGGCAAGACGGUAAUGAUCCUCCAACGCUUUUCCGCCCUGUAGCUCGGCUCAGUUCUUUUAAUAGUGCGUACAAUCAUAUGGAAGGAUCAUCCUCUCCACAUAUACAAGACAAAAAUCAAUUCCAAUCAUCUAAACAAGACACAGCAAUGCUAAGAGUGCUUGAAGGAGCUUACAGCGAACAAUUUGUGCCUCCGACAUGUGGAAGUGGUUGUUGCAGCAACAAUCCCGUUCAGCAAGACUCAUUGUUGGGUCCAGACUUUGUGGAUUACUUAGACCCACCAACAAUUCCGAGUUACGAACUAGCUGCUAUAGCAACGGAUAUAAGCAGCCUUGCAUGGCUGAGAAGCGGUUUAGAGAGUAGCAGCGUGAAGGCGAUGGAAGAAGCAGCUGGCCGGUUAAGGUCUCAAGGCUCAAGGGGACAUCGAGAUCAUUAUCUUGUAUCUGAACAGGGGCAGAACAUAACCAAUGUCUUGUCCACAUAAAAGAAAAACAAAACAAAAAAGCAAAACAAAACCAGUCUCUGAGAUUUUUCUUCUUUUCUUUUUUUCUGAGAUUUCUUUACUUUAUUUUUUGUAUUUGAUUUUUUUUUUUUUAUCUCUUGAUCUCGGAGAGCUUGAGUUUUACUUGUAAUCUAAGUUGUGAUGUAAUUUAGUAGAGAUAGUUUCUAUAGUUCUGAAAUUGAGCAGAGGCCACAGUGUCUACUGCGUUUUCCAUAA